AUGAGAGUACGACUACAUAAUACAAAUAAUAAACUUGCUCCGAAAUGGAAAAAACACGGCGCAAGUUCAUCGAAUCCAUCUCGAACGAAACACCGCGAUGCUGCAAAACUUCAACUAUUAGCAUCGUUACCUUCAUCGAAAUCAACAUCCAUGGACAUUCCGUCGUCAUCAACACUAGCAGCUGCUAAACACGAGAUAGAUCGAAUAUCUCAAUAUUCAAAAACAACUGUUGGUACAGCAGUGACCAAUGCAUCAAUGAUACAAGUCAAUCCACGUGUUAUUCAGACAUUGCUCGAUCGUCAACCGGCUAAAAAUGAUCAACAGCAGAUGAUUGUUUGGUUGGAUGGUAUCUGUCGAGCAUACUGUGCUUUUCAUCGUUCGGAUUCUACUGCCUGUCUGAAUUUUAUUUCGAAAUUAUUUGAAAUCUGUAUUAAUGAAUGUCUUCUCUCUGUUUACAAGCGCGUACAAACCAAAGCAACUAAUGUUCUCAAAACAAUUAUCAAAACAAUUCUAAAACCUCAAAUUGAAGCAUUACGUUCUAGCCCAUUAUUAAAACAAUUAUUUCAACUUGUGGAACAUGGAUUAACCUAUGCUUACACAUUGUCAUGGAAUUAUGUUCUAAACUUACUUGCCGACAUGUUUGAACUUAUGGGAAAAGAUUACUUCGAAUUUUGUCAAAAAUGUUUAUCAUCAUUAUCUGGUUUGCGAGCAACAAAAGAUUUCUCAUUUUUGCCCGAAUUAGACUCGACGGUUGGCAAAGCAAUCCGUGUAUUUGGUCCGAAAAAUAUCUUACAAGUUAUCCCACUGAAUCUAACUGGCACAAUCAAUGAUGUUCAAUUAGAACAGUCAUGGUUACUCCCGUUACUCAGAGAUAAUAUAACACACACGGAAUUGAGUCAUUUUGUGUCUUACUUUUUACCGAUUGCAUUUCAAUUACAAACAACUGCGGAUAAUCUUCGUGAAAAAGGUGAUUCAACGAAUGCAACUGUCCUAUCGACCUUACAAGAUCAAAUUUGGUCGUUAUUUCCGGGCUAUUGUUCAUACGCGACCGAUAUUUCGAUCAGUUUGAAAUUAGUUGCCAAAGGUAUUGGCACAUCACUGACUAAACGGCCAGAUUUGAGAUUGCAUCUCUUGGCUGGCUUACGAAAUCUGAUUUCCAAAACGAAUGACGAAAAUGAUCAACAGGAAGUCGCUAAAUACGCGAAAAAUUACCUCCCGUUAUUAUUCAACAUGUACACAAGUGAAAAAUGGAACAUGUCACGCGAUCCAGUUCGCCAGAGUGUCUUCGAGACAAUUAAACGUUAUCUGAUUAUUACGGAUUCGGCAUUAUGUCAGCAAUUCUUUGAUCGAAGUUUAGAAAAAACUCAAAAUGCUGAUAUCGAUCAAAUAACAUUAACUUAUUUGCUCGAUAUUGUGUUGGCUUUGGUACCGUACUUGGAUGAGAAACGUUUGGAAUCGUUAGAACAAAAAUUGAAACAAUUGUUUGCAGUGAAGGAUGGAAGUGUUAAGCGAAGUGUGAUGAAAAAGUCGUAUCGAAUUCUAGAAGAAUUAUGUACACGUUCGACAUCGACUAUUCAACAGUUUUUGAAUGAAACUCGCACAAACAUUCUACUUGAACAUCUUCUUGCUUCAUUGACCAAAUCACAAUCAGCUCUGAAAGGCUCACAAAUUCGGUGUAUUUCAAGUUUACUUGACAUGCCCACUAACCAAACAGUUGCAAAGAUCAAACAAAUUGUACCACAAGCAGUUCAAUGUCUUCAUGAAAUCAACAGCCGCACGAGACAUGACGCAUACUUACUCAUUAUCAAAUGUGCACGCCUUUGGACAACAUUAAGUGAACAUUCGUUUAUCGAUUCUCUCACAGGUUUCUUUCAUUUUCUCAUGGCUGGUCUUGUCAGUCCUCAUUCGCCGUCGAUGACAUCAGCUACUGUACUUGCUAUCAGUCGUUUGUGUUUGGAGUUUCGAGAAAAUAUCGCUGGCUUGAUCGUCGAUGAAUUGGUGUCGACAUUGGUAUUAGUACUUCAGUCGAAAGAACGACAAAUCGUUCAAGCAGCUCUAAGUUUCUGUCGAGUAUUACUAAUUAUUCUCAACGAAACCAUUUUGUCAAAAUAUAUUGAUCAAUUGGCUCAUGCAUUGACAGUCAUGCGAGAAGAAAAUCAUUUUACUUAUCGUUCAAAACUCAAAUUAAUCCUACAAAAACUUGUGCGAAUAUUUGGAUUUGAUGCAUUACGUGAUUUAUUUCCAGCUAGUUUUCACCCUCAAAUGUCUUAUAUAAACAAGAUGCAUGCACGUAAAGAACGACGCCGUAAAGGAACAUCAACUAUCGGUCAAAGCAUCAUCACAAAAGUUGAUGACGAUGACGAAUAUGUCGAUGACAACGAAACAACAUUCACUGUUCGACCGAAACUUACCAUUGAUCAGUUACUUGACGAUUCCGACGAUGACAAUGAUCAGCAUCUCGGAAGAAUCGAUGACACUCGAACGAUUGCUACAGCACGAACAACAGCAAGUACGAAACGACGACAACAAAAGUCGGCUCUAUGGAUUAAAGAAGCAAACGAAGACGAUCCUCUUGACUUAACAGAACCAACCGCAGCAAGAAGUAUCUAUGCUACAAAACCGUUGACGGAACGUGAGACUGAAGCAAUGAAACAAGCAUCGAGAGCUAAACGACAGAACUCUAGAUUCCGUAGCGCACCGGAUGGUCGUCUUAUUAUUGACAUCGACGACGAAGACGAUCAACAAAAACAACAAGAAGAAUCCGAUUUUGAUGAUGAUGACGAUAUGAAUCGCGAGGAUAUCAAAGAUUUAAUGGAAACAUUGUCUUUAAGUCAACGCGCAAAAAAUAAACGAAAACGUGCUCGGGAAGAAGACGAUGAUGACGACGACGAUGAAGACUACCAAUUCAAUGACAAGAAAAGUCAGAGUGUUCAUUCAAAAUAUCGAGCUGGUGGCGGUGGUAUUCAUCGGCCAUUAAAUCAACCUAGUAAACGACGACCAGGUGAAGCUUAUAAAACCAAGCGUGGAGCGGGUGGCGAUCGUAAAUUGGCUAAUAAACACGAUCCAUAUGCUUAUAUUAAACUCGAUUUUAACGCACUAAACAAGCGAAAACGAGGUAAAUUCAAAGGUCAAUUUGAACAAAUUGUUGGCGCAGCUAAACGCGGUGCAAAUCGUGGUGCUAAAUUAGGCGCCAAAGAGCGACACCAUAAGAAGAGUGUGAAGCGUUUGAAGAAAUAA